UGGUUGUUAUUAUUGUUUCUCGCAUUGGCCCGUGUGGUCGUCGUUUCUUCCGAAAGUUUCGUCAUUCUCCAAAAAUUUACAAAACAUGUCCACAAAAGAAAGCAGGAAGUUGGUAGUGGAAGACCCCAAUUAUUCGUCAAGGUAUUUCAAAGCACUUGCGGAAUUUAGGGAAGCGAAGCGGUUUACAGAUAUAACGCUGCAAGUUGGGGACACCGAGUUUGUUGCUCAUCGAGCAGUCCUGUCAGCUGCCAGUCCUUUUUUCAACGCUAUGUUCGAUGAUGCCUUUGCUGAGAGCCAAAAAGAAAAGGUGAAUUUGCUGCAUGAAACGAACGUAGCUGUUAUGUCGGCGGUCCUCGAUUAUAUGUAUUCGGGAAAGCUGACGAUUGCGAUAAAGGAAGCAGCUCUGCUGUUGAGAAAUUUUGACUAUUUCCAAAUGGAUGGUGUGAAAGAGGAGUGCGAGAAAGCAUUGCUGAAAACAGUGAAUGCGGAGAAUUGCCUUGAACUGCUGCUAAUGGCAGAUGAAAUUUCUUUACCUGGUUUACAUGAGACAGCCGCUGAUUUCGUUCUAAGAAACUUCAAAGAGUUUUGUAACUCAGAUGAAAUAAACCAUUUAACAAUCAGACAGCUUGAAACAAUUCUGAAUAUAGGAAAUGUACGACACCCGGACACAACAUAUAAAAUUAUAAUAUCUUGGAUAAGAUUCGACGAAACCAAUCGAAAUUCCUAUAUUCAUAAUCUAUUGUCGAAAUAUGUGAAAGCUACAAACUUAUCUGAAGACCUAAUAGUUCAAAAAGUGCCAAAAUAUAUUAUAAAUGACGACUUUAUUGCAAAUCACGAAGGCGGGGUGCAAUGGCUACUUGAAUCGUUUUUCAAUUUGAAACACUCGAAUCUCUACAUCUUUUCAACGAAGACUGAGUGUCCUGUUUACUCGUUCAAUCCUAAGGCUGCAAGCUUGCAUCAAAUUGCGAAGCAACCACUUUUAGACAAUUUUUCUGCUGUGAAAUAUAAGGACUCGAUAUAUGUUGUUGGUGGACAAGCUAACGAUGAAUUCACGGAUGAUGGUACAAAAUAUGAUAUAAAGAAAAAACUAUGGACCAAUAUAAAUUGCCCGAUUAGAAAAAAUCAGUGUGGGCUUUGCGUUGCGGAUGAUAAAAUGUACAUUGUCGGAGGAUGGAUUGACCAGAUAUCAUAUAAUACUGUUUCAUCUUUUGACUUUGAAAGGAAUGAAAUUUUAACGCUUCCAAAUAUCGAGUUUGAAAGAUAUUCGCCGGGUGUAACCUACUAUAACUCAUCUAUAUAUGUAUUCGGGGGUCAUAGUGUACUUACAGAUGAUGUUUGCAUGUCCUUUGUUGAACGUUACGAUCCAAGGGAAGGCAAGUGGGCGCAUGCUGGAACGAUAGACAACUUCGACAUAGGUUGCACCUGCGCUUUAGUUUCGAAUUCGAUUUAUUGGAAAGAUUGGAAUGCUUCUCUGCAAUAUUUCGAUCCACGGUGUCAACUGUCUGAACUUGUGCAAGAAUUUACGGGAUUUGGUACCAUCACUUCUUUCGAGAAUAGCUUAUACCUUGCUAAUGAAGAAGGAAUUUCUCAGCUGAAUUCAGACGAUGAGCAAUGCACAGUACUAUUUAUGAGCUCAUUCAAGUCGCCUUUUAUUAUCGCCUAAAGCAUUAAGUAAACAAAAGCUAAGCCCGUAACGGUUUCCAGGAAAUGUUUCACUAUAUACGUUGACCGCAAUCAGCCUAUAUCUUGCUGCAAUAAUACAUUGUUGUAAUCGCAAGAACCGCUAGCUAGCGGAAAUAUUAGAUGACAACGGAAAGAAU